AUGAACGGCGACGACGACAAGGGUCUGCUGUGGAAGCUUCCGGUGGUCAAGUCUGACCAGUUCGGCAAGGUGGGCCCCGGCUUCGGCUUCGGCGCCGGCUGCGGUAUCGGUUUCGGCGCCGGCCUUCUCGGAGGAGUGGGUUUUGGCCCGGGAAUUCCCGGUUUACAAGUUGGCUUUGGAUUUGGUGCUGGAUGUGGUGUUGGUUUAGGGUUUGGCUAUGGUGUGGGGAAAGGAAUUGCACAAGAUGAGAACAAGAGGUACUCUAAUGUUGGAAAUCCUUUCCAUGGUUCUAGAAGCAUCAUUUCUGAGGAUGAUAUUACUGCACUUGUGGACGACCUUGUCAUCAAUACUAAAAAGCUUAUCAAGGCAACUUCAAAAGAAAUUGAAAAGUGGAGAAGAUAA